CUGACGUCAUGGAUGCGGUGGGGAUGAUUUUGCAAACAUGUUCGUUCGAUCGGUCAUCGUCAGAGAAAAGUGAAACAACAGUGAGGCAGAGUUUAUACUGUGGGCCUCCUUUCAGUACUAGCUAAGCAACGUUUCGAUGGAACCUCCCCAAAAACCGAACCGACAGAACGGCAAUCACAACGAACUAACCAGAAGGCAAAAUUGGCGAGCACAGUGUUACUAUUGUCGUUUAACAACAACAUCUCAUCGCCGGUGGUGUACGGCGUAGCAAAGGUGCAACGUUACAUCCCUCGUUCCCUGGGACUCUUGCCGCCGUCUGAUCGAUAAGCUCGCUAGGACAAGAAAAACACGUUGGCAAACAUGGCGAACAUGGCCGUAUCCCGCAUUAAACGAGAGUUUAAAGAAGUGCUUAAAAGUGAAGAGAUCACACAAUGCUCGAUCAAGCUAGAAAUGGUCAAUGACAACUUUACAGAGCUAAGGGGAGAAAUUGCUGGCCCGCCAGACACACCGUACGAAGGAGGAAAGUUUGUGUUAGAAAUAACGGUCCCAGAAACAUACCCGUUCAAUCCGCCCAAGGUGAAAUUUAUGACUAAAAUCUGGCACCCCAACAUUUCCUCCGUAACCGGUGCGAUCUGCCUGGACAUACUGAAAGACAACUGGGCAGCGGCAAUGACGCUGCGAACGGUGCUACUAUCCCUGCAGGCACUGCUGGCCGCGGCCGAACCAGACGAUCCGCAGGAUGCAGUCGUUGCCACGCAGUACAAAGACAACCACGAAAUGUUCAUCCUGACGGCGAAACACUGGACGAACGUGUAUGCCGGCGGUCCGUUUGCGAACACGGAUUUCGACCAGAAGGUGCAGCGGUUGCGUGAUAUGGGCAUCCCCGAGUACGACGCACGAGCCGCCCUUUCGCGCCACAACUGGCAUCUGGAGCGUGCCUCGGAGCAGCUGUUCAGUUAGUCCCUCUUGCGGGGCCCACCUCGCCAGCCAUUCGUGUGUGUGUUUUGUGACUUUUGUUCGGGUGUCUCAACAGGGCCGUCGUCAUUUCUCGUAAGCAUCAGUGUUUGGUCUGAAACAGAGAGAUAGAGAGAGAGUGAAAGAGAGAGCGAGGAAGGGAGGGAGGGAGGGUUCGGAUGCGGGCUGUAGCUACUGUAGAUUCAAACUAUGUAAAGUAAAAGCAUAAUAGAAAAGAUGGGUAUGCAAAGCACCGUCGUCCAGCAAGCGCAACUUCAGCAACUUUCAAACGAGUGAUACAUACCGGAAACCCGCCUAAAAACGACUAUUUAGCAUUCAUUUGUCCACGUUCAUCCUCUCCCGCGUUGGACGUGCUGCCAACGCAAUUAUGUGAAAUGGUAUACAGAGCAACACUACUGCCCACGUUUGAGGAUGGAAACGGCGGGAACUUUCUUCCGAGGGCAGGCACCACCCGUCAUCAUGUACCAAAUCGAGUCGAAUGAAGGGAAAUGAGAGCAGCAAUACAUGGCUUCGCACGUGCAAAAGACAGGCAAACAAGCGUAAAUAUAUUAUUCCGUAGAUAAACGACGGUGAAUGGUGAACAAACAAUCUUCGCAGUGGGGGGGGGGGGGGGGGGGGGAACAGGGAACGAAGAACGAGGGGGCUACUGAACCCUUUCAGAUGAGAACACAAGGAAGAGCAGUUCGAAUGCCACCAGCAAAGCAAGCAACAUUCUUUCACUGUAAUCCUUUGUUGGACUGUACAGAAACCUCUAGUGCACCGAGUUUGGCAAAGCAAAAAAGAAAUAAAUUUAAAUGAACAAACUCACAA